CGGAGCCGGCAGCGGGGCCGGGGGUGCCGCGGGGCCCGGCGGAGGCGGACGGUGACAGGAUGGGCCUGACGGACCUGCCGGGGGAGCUGCUGGAGCUCAUCCUCUGCUGCGACGUGCUGGGAGCCGCCGACAUCGGGCGGGUGUCCUGCACCUGCCGCCGGCUGCGGGAGGCGUGCCAGCCCCGCGGCAAGGUGUGGCGGGAGCGCUUCCGCCUCAGAUGGCCAUCGCUGCUGAAAUACUACAGUCACACAGAUGGUGUUAGCUGGCUUGAAGAAUACAAAGCACGGCACAAUGCUGGCCUGGAAGCCCAGAGAAUUGUAGCUUCAUUCUCCAAAAGGUUCUUUUCAGAACAUGUUCCCUGUGAUGGGUUCAGUGACAUUGAGACUCUUGGGUGCCCAAGUCACUUUUUUGAGGAUGAGCUGAUGUGUAUCCUGAACAUGGAAGGAAGGAAAGGUCUCACCUGGAAGUACUAUGCAAAGAAAAUCCUCUACUUCCUACGGCAACAGAACAUACUGAAAAACCUGAAGGAAUAUCUUCAGCGCCCAACUGAUCGGCAGUCGUUUCUGGAGGGUGCUGUUUUAAUUGAUCAGUACUGUAACCCCCUGUCAGAUAUCUGCUUAAAAAGUGUCCAGGCACAGGUGGAUGAUAUCACAGAUAAAGUGCGCAAAGUGCUGCGGACAAGGAACCCGAGGCACCCCAGCUUGGCUUCCAAGGCAGGAGAGAUCCUGAUUCCAGAAGUGGAGCUUCAACGGCAGGUACUUGAUGCUAUGAACUGUGUCCUAUAUGAGCAGUUGAAAUACAAAGGAAACGAGCUGGAUUACUACAACUCCCUGAAUUCAUACAUUCACCAGGUUUUGAUCCGCAGGACAGGAAUUCCCAUCAGCUUGUCUGUGCUGUAUUUAACAAUUGCCAGGCAGCUGGGAGUCAAACUUGAACCAGUGAACUUCCCUAGCCAUUUUCUGCUGCGAUGGUGUCAAGGAAAGGAAGGAAGCACUGAUAUCUUUGACUACACCUACAUUGAUGCCUUUGGGAAGGGGAAGCAGCUGACAGUGAAGGAGUGCGAGUACCUUAUUGGCCACCAUGUGACAGAAGAAUUCUACGGAGUGGUGACUUCAAAAGAGGUCUUGCAGCGGAUGGUGGGGAAUCUUUUAAACCUUGGCAAGCGAGAAAGCACUGAUCAGUCUUACCAACUCUUGAGAGACUCGUUGGAUCUAUACCUGGCCAUGUAUCCGGACAAUGUGCAACAUCUAAUGCUCCAGGCUAGGUUAUACUUCCACCUGGGAAUCUGGCCAGAAAAGGUUCUGGACAUCUUGCAGCAUAUUCAGGCUUUGGACCCGUCCCAGCAUGGGGCUGUCGGGUACUUAGUUCAACAUACCCUGGAGCACAUUGAACGGCGGAAGGAGGAGGUGGGACCUGAGGUGAAGCACCGUUCAGAUGAGAAGCACAAAGAGGUCUGCUUUUCCAUCGGGCUGAUAAUGAAACACAAGAGAUAUGGCUACAACUGUGUGAUUUACGGAUGGGAUCCUGCUUGCAUGAUGGGGCAUGAAUGGAUCCGGAACAUGAACGUCCACAGCCUUCCACAUGGUCCCCACCAGCCUUUCUACAAUGUGCUAGUGGAAGAUGGUUCUUGCAGAUAUGCUGCACAAGAGAACCUGGAAUACAACUCUGAGCCUCGGGAGAUCCCUCACCCUGACAUUGGCCGCUACUUCUCAGAGUUCACUGGCAUUCACUAUCUAGCAAAUACCGAGCUAGAAAUUCGGUACCCAGAGGAUCUGGAGCUCACACGUGCCACAGUUCAGAAGAUCUACAAUUCAGGCAAGGAAUGAGUGCAAAAGGCACAGUGAGGACAGAAGCAGCUGGAGUGUAGCUUUACCCUCUUUGCAAAACUUGCAUGGAAGGCAAGUUUGGUGACAAUCCUUUGGCUUAAUGCAUUGAAAAUUGCAUUGAACUUUGUUAACUGGUGCUAUAGCAUCUUUCUGUUGCCAGCCUGCCCAUUCUGGCCCAAAGGCACAGGGACACAUUGGUAGUUGAGGCCAAGCUUAAGGAUCUUGCAGGGGCAGUCAUGUUGGAAAGCGUGUUGUCCUCUGGAAGGAUUUGCACAUACUACUUGUUCUGUGAUUGUCUUGCCUAGAAGGUCAACUCAGUGAGAUCCCUGGUGUGGAAUAUGGAAGAAGUCACUCUUUCAGAGAAGGAAGUUGCUUGUCCUUGCAGUGGUGUGGGUUUUGUUUGGUUGUGUUCUGGGUUUUUUUAAUGUUUUAAUCUCAUGCAGGUGAUAGUUUUUAAAGUCUCUUACAUUUCACUGUUGUCUCCUCCAGUCUGAAUUCUUGGUCAGAUUUUGCUCCACCUCUGUAGUCCAAUUGUUCAUAGAGCUACCAUUCCAAUUCUGAAUAUCCUUAUGGGCCUGGGAAAGAGCCCUAGCAGCAAAACCAGUAGUAGCUAAGCUUCCAGGGGUGGCCAGAGCACUGGUAAUCCUGAUGUCCACUUGGCCACCUUGCUGAUGACACAAACUUUCCUAAUGCUGAAGAUGAGCUCCUAGCCCUUUCACUUGCCUGCUAAACAUACACAGGCCAUGUUCUUGCUUUGUUUUUUGGUCUGUUCAUGCUUUAUGUCCAGGGCAGGAUCUGUGGCACAGCUGUGAGUGCUCCCAGGAUGAUUUUGAAUCUCAUGGCGCUGUUUCAUGGAAACCUCGAGGUCAGUCUUUCUCCCCUCACUCGGGGAGGGAUGGGAAGGAGAAUGGAAAGGAUGUAACCCAGUGUUUGAAAGUCCUACCACCCAUUGCUCUCAGUGUAGUUUUCAACAGCCCCUUGUACCAUUAGAUUUUCCCAGAGGCUGGUGCAUGAUAGGGGAUGUGAUAUACCCACUCAAUGCCAUCCUCUUUGGCCCAAGUGACUAGAAGGUUGUUCCAGAAAUGAGUCCCAUUGUCUGACUUGAUUCUCUCUGGGGUGCUGUGUUGCUACAAGGCUUGUUUCUCAAGGCCCAGGAUAGUGUUCCGGGCAGUGGCGUGGGGCAGAGCGUAUGUUUCCGGCCAUCCAAUGAUUGCUUCCACCAUGGUAAGCACAUGGCACUUGCCUUGGGCAGUUGGUGGGAGUGUGAUAUGAUCAAUCUGCCAGGCCUCCCCAUAUUUAUAUUUCAGCCAUUGCCCUCCAUACCGAAGAGGCUUUAACCACUUGGCUUGCUUAAUUGCAGUGCAUGUUUCACACUCAUGAAUAACCUGGGCAAUAGUGUCCAUUGUUUAGUCCAGCCCUCGAUCAGGAGCCCAUCUGUAUGUUGCAUCUAUGCCCUGAUGGUCUGAAGUGCGAUGGGCCCACUAGGCCAAAAGUAAUUCACCUUUAUGUUGCCAGUCUUAAGUCCAUCUGAGCCACUUCAAUCUUAGCAGCUUUAUCCACGUGUUGGUUGUUCUGGUGUUCCUCAGUGCCCCAACUCUUGGGUACGUGAGCAUUUACGUGGCCUACCUUCACCACCAGGUUCUGCAUCCAGGCAGCUAUAUCUUGCCACAGUGCAGCAGCCCAGAUGGGUUUACCUCUGCUCUGCUUCCAUUGCUGCAACUACUCCAUGGGGCAUUUGCCACCAUCUGUAGGUCAAUAUAGAGAUAAAGUAUUGGGCACUUUUCUCCUUCAGCAAUGUCCAAGGCCAGCUGGAUGGCUUUCACCUCGGCAAACUGACUCAGUUCACCCUCUCCUGCAGCAGUUUCUGCAGCUUGUCAUAGAGGACUCCAUACAGCUGCCUUCCAUCUCCAACACUUCCAAAGCACCGGAGGGGCCCACUGGACUAGAUACUUGCCUAUACUCUCCCAGACACCCUGCCACUCAUGACUGUCCAGCCUCGGGGAAAAUCUCUUUGUAUGGGGAGCUUCCACUUGCUGCCAUCUCCAAUCUGUAGGUAUUUAUACAAUACAGUGGGAUUGUGACUGGAAACUGGCCAGCCCUGGAGUCAGCCAGACUGUGUAUGAAAGAGAGAUGUGAAUUCCUGCAGCUCGAGACCUUCUUCUUUUCUUGCCAAAAGAGAAUGGAUUUUGGGGGAGUACAUACUCUGCUGCCCAGAAGGGAAGAGCUUCUGCAGCUCAAGGCACAUGAAUUUUGACAUGACUUAAAGGUCCAGACAAAACCACUGCAGAAAAGGUUUUCCUCUGGGAUCAGGUGUUACAGGGGUACAGAGUGACACAGUGUCUGUGCAUACAUAGAACCUUCAUAUCUUUGUGGUUUCUGAAGCAAUGUCUAUAGACUAACUGCAGUUAGUGUUUCUUGUCACUGUCCACUUGCAGUACAGUAGUUAUCUCAAAGAUGAGAAUUAGGUACUGUGCCCCGUAGAGUUAGGUGGAUGCUCUAUUAUAGCACUUCAGGUUUCCCCACAUUAAAUCCCACAGCCCUCCUCUUAAAAGAAUGCUUGAACUGCAUGCCAUCCUAUUGGAAUAUUAAGCACUGAUUAAUAUGAGAAAUAAAUGUGGAAAGCCCAGCACUUUUGCCAGUGGAGUGGUGGUGGUGUGCAGGAUCUUGGUGCUUUAGGAAGAGCAGCCCUGUGUGGUUAGUGCUGAGGGAUGGUGAAGGUGCUGUACUCUAAGUAAAUAUUUGUGUUUAAAGAAGUCUGUACUGGGAUGAACUUGGAGGGAGGGGAGAAGGAAGGGACUAAAGAAUUUCAAUGGAAGGAGGAUGGACCCAGCUGAAAGCCAGGUAGGAGUCAUUAGGCAGAAUCAUAAAAUCCAUCUGUUGGUGGACCCCAGCCCUCCAACCCUAGUUGAGGGCUGAAAACAGAAUCCCAGCAAGGAUGCAAGGCUGGGAAUGGGACCUUGGAGUCACAAGGUUGAUACUGGUAGCCGAGAACAGGCAUGCAGGAGCAGGGUUUGGGCUUCCCAUUCCCAGCCUCAGCUUUGAGGUUUGCUCUGUAACAGCAUAGAUAUUGGUAAGCUUCCUGAGGCUUUCUACUCCUCUCUGCCAUACAGAGGUGACACCUCACCCCCCUCAAGUGCAUCAAGAGGAUUGCCACAUGCUGACUUCACAGGAGUCUUUAGCAAAAGAGGCUGCCUGAAUGCUGCAUCAACAGAAAGCUACCCAGAGUUGCUCUGAAAACUGGUACUGGACAAUGCACAUGUAACCCUACUUGUCAACAUGCUGUGUGCUUUAGGAUGUGGGUCCCAUUAUACCCAUCUUGCUGGGCUCGCUCUAGGUUUGUAUUGUGGAAAGAGUCUGAACGAGGAAAGGUGGGAACUGUGCUUCAUGAGGUUCUCACAGUCUUCCCUCAUCCACAGACUUUAGCCAUUUCCAGUUUUGCAUGGAGUGCAAGAGGAGAGUGUCACAGUAGAGGGCAGGCACACAUGCACAGGGAAUGCAGCUCAUCCCUUCAGCAAUGCUUUCCAGGUCUGCCUGCCUGCUUUGCCACACAGACCAUGUCAGUGCCAACACAGCCUUGUACGUGCCAAAUUCAGAGGAGACUGGAGGAGUUGCAGUAGGCACCACACAACAUCAGCACAGGGUCCCAGUCCAGUUCUGGGAUCCAGACAAAACCAAAGGGAAUGGUGUGUAAAGGCUUCCCUUUCUGUUCCUGUUUGUUCAGGCAUGCCAGCCACCUCCUCCUGUGUUGCUGCUUGUGGGGUAGGCUGUGUUGCAUGCUACAGAUUGAGCCUUUGGUCUUGACAAGGAGGAAUUCCCGUGUAAGUAUUUCUUUGCAGCUGUCGGGGACCCCAGCCCAAGCAUCCAGUGUGGCCAAGGAAACAGAGCCACAAGGAUACCUCUCUAUCAGUUCCCAUGGGCUGAGCAUCCGAGGUCCAGCCUCGGUGACACCUCUUUGGGUUGGUGGAGGUCUCAUUAGGUGUUUGCCUGUGUCUCAGGUGGCUCUUCUGUCCCUCCCUCCCUGGCAGCACAGGCAUCUUUGCAGUCACUAUUUCCCCAGGAAAACAGCAGUGGAUCCUGGAAGUUCCUUGUGUCUGUGAGUAAUGUCUGGGUCCACGUGGAUGUACGUGUGUUGAAGAUGGUUCAUGUAUGUUGUGAUCUGUCAUGUCUGUGCAGAGCUCAUCUGGGGAGAAGGGAUACGUUGCUUUCUGGAGAAGGUGGAAUUACCCUUUUCUGACUUGACCUGCUACUAUCCCACCAGGCAGAAAACCUGGCCAGUACCAAAGUCCUCUGGUCCUGAGUCUCCUGGGGACAGAGGAGUGAAUUUCCCACAGCAUGGAGCACCAUGCAGAUGGAGAUUGCCUUUCCAUCUUCUCUGUUUUCUUUCUGAGUCCUGUGGAUGGGACAGCUAGGGUGCUGUCAUGUUAAAAUGGUUUUCUGGAGGGUGAAGGAAAGAUGUAUGGAGAGGAGGAAUGGGGUUGGGAUGGGGUAAGAAGCAGGUAGUAAUUGCUGUCUGGAUCAUAAGGACAAUGGCACAGAGAGCUGAGCCAGUGGUGUCACUGGGGUUUGGGACUUGUGAAUGUCAUACAGGUUGUACAUUCCCAGAUUUCCUCCAGCAAGGGCUGUGGGCAGCAGCCUCCUGGGGCAGGUUUGUUUUCCCUCCCAGGGCAAUGUCUUGCUUUGCUGCUGCUUGUGAGAGGGGCUGAAGAGCUGCUCAAGGUCCUUCACCAGCAACGUGUGUUCCUGGGGGCAAGGGAAGAACAGCUGAUGGUGCCCCAUCCUCUUGGGAUCGAUCCUGCCACAUGGGGCUGGUGAGGACACACUACAACGUAACCCAACAGCGCCCAGAGCUGAGGCCAUGCAGAGAACGCUGCCAGUUUUGUCACCAGCCUCUACAGCAAAACCAGAGGCCCCAAGACCUGCACACCAGCUGUGGAGAGCUGCACCCUCUGGGCUCUUCUGAUCCCUCCCAGGCCAACUUCACGCUGGGUUGCUCAGGGAAUUGUCCUGCCCCUCAGAGCAGGUUUUGAGCAUCCCUGAAGGAUGUCACAGCUCCAUUGGCCCUGCCUGCCCGGCUUGUGGCUCUUCCCCAACAUCAAGACCCUGGGCCUGCCUGUGUCAGCAGGGAUGGAGUGGUGCAUUCGUUACCCCUCUCUCCUACCCUGCUCCUUUCAGCUGGAGAUGCCUGGGCUGGGCAUGAAGACACAUUCGAUGAAGAACUGCAGCCCCAGACCUGAAGGGUGAGGACCCCGGAGCCCCAGGGUCCUCGUGAUGCUGCUGCCAUCUGGGGCCGUCUCCCCUUUCUCCUUUGUUUAUUUUUUACAGAAGCAGGUAUUUUGUUUGCUCUGGGGCAGAUGGAGGCUGGGAAUGAUCUCGUUCAUUUCCUGUUUCUAUUUGGCUUUAAAACAAUA